UCUCCAUCAAAUUAUCUUCAAUUCUUGUCAUUAGCAUCUUCAACUGUUUUUCAUUUUCGUUGUAAAAGCAAAUGAGGGUCACAAAAUAGAAACUGCUUUAUAUAUCGCAAUUCAAAAUAACGCCAUCUUUUGCUACGCUUUCGUUGAUAUUUCUGCAAGUGAAGUAGAUCUUGAUGUGAUUUGUUGUGUCUAAGUUGAACUUUUAACUAUACAAGAGUUAUGGUUUGUUUGUUGUCUCGUUUGUGAUAUACAUCUGUUUGUGUUCUCUUGAUUUUCUGAUUUGGCAUACUGAAGAAGAAUACCUGAAUCAUUGGAUCUAAACUCUGUACAAGAUAGAGACCAAAAGUUCAUAACAAAAGCAGUCGAAGAAGCAUAUAAAGCGGUGGAAUGUGGUGAUGGACGCCCAUUUGGUGCAGUUAUUGUUCGAAAUAAUGAAGUAGUUGUAAGCUGUCAUAACAUGUCUCUAAGAAACACUGAUCCCACUGCUCAUGCCGAGGUUACUGCUAUCAGACAGGCUUGUCAAAAGCUUAAUCAACUUGAGCUCUCUGACUGUGAAAUCUACGCAUCUUGUGAGCCUUGUCCAAUGUGCUUUGGUGCAAUUGUUAUAUCAAAAAUCAAGAGAUUGGUUUAUGGAGCUAAAGCAAAAGCUGCAAUAGCAAUUGGAUUUGACAAUUUUAUUGGCGAAGCUCUAAGAGGCGCUGACUUUCAUCAAAUUGCCCACUUGGAGAUUAAAAAGGCCGAUGGUGCUGCUGCUGCAAUUGCAGAACAAGUAUUUGAGAAGACGAAAGACAAAAUUACUCUCAGCUGAUUGCUAUAGUCAAAGUGAUCACGAUGAACUAAUGUAACAUAUGUUCAUGAAUUGAAGAAAUGUCUUAUUUGCGUGCUAUUAUGUUGGUGUUAAUCUGUUUUUAACCUGAAUAAUUGCAGAAGAUUAUUAUCAUGGAUAUGUUAAGUUUAUGAAUCACCAACAUCUUUGAUUGUUUUGACA